GGCUGGUCGGGUUCCGGUGUCGUGGGCCCUUGCAUACCGCCUCUUCUUCCGUCCUCCUUUGCUCGUGGUAGUGGUUGUCUUGGUUACGGCGCCUAACGGUCCCCGGCGAUUCCUUUUUGUGGGGUUGCACCCUGAGCUGCUGACUGAAGGAGCCUUCGGUUCCUGGAAGAGUCGGGGUGGUGGCAGGUCCACCCGUGCAUUGACGCUUUUGAGAAGAUUAAAUUAGGAGAGAAAACUGGCCCAUAAUAAAAGAUGUCUCGAAAACUUCCUACGGAGCUCAAAAAAAUAAAUAUCUCCAGUUCUCUGGAAUCUGAAGAUAUUAGCUUAGAAACAACAAUUCCUACAGAUGAUAUUUCCUCGUCAGAAGAGCGAGAGGGUAAAAUGAAAAUAACCAGGCAGCUAAUUCAACGCAAAGAACUACUUCAUAAUAUUCAAUUACUGAAAAUAGAACUAUCCCAGAAAAAUAUGAUGAUUGACAAUUUGAAAGUCGAUUAUCUUACAAAGAUUGAAGAAUUAGAGGAGAAACUGAAUGAUGCACUUCACCAGAAGCAGCUACUUACUUUGAGAUUAGACAACCAAUUGACUUUUCAACAGAAGGAUGCCAGAAAAUACCAAGAACUAAUGAAACAAGAAAUGGAAACCAUUUUAUUGAGGCAGAAGCAACUAGAAGAGACAAAUCAUCAGCUAAGAGAGAAAGCUGGAGAUAUUCGUCGAAACCUACGUGAUUUUGAGUUGACAGAAGAGCAAUACACGAAGCUAAAAACUUUUCCUGAAGAUCAGCUUUCCAUUCCUGAAUAUGUAUCUAUUCGUUUCUAUGAACUAGUAAAUCCGUUAAGAAAGGAAAUUUAUGAACUACAUGUGAAAAAGAAUGACCUAUCAGAAGAAUUAAGUACAAAUAAAGUCCAAUUGAAGCAAUUGACAGAGACAUAUGAAGAAGAUCGAAGAAAUUACUCAGAACUUCAAAUUCGAUGUCAACGUUUGGCCUUAGAAUUAGCAGACACAAAGCAGUUAAUUCAACAAGGUGACUACCGUCAAGAGAAUUAUGAUAAAGUCAAGAGUGAACGUGAUGCACUAGAACAGGAAGUAUUCGAGUUGAGGAGAAAACAUGAGAUACUUGAAGCCUCUCACAUAACUCAAGCUAAAGAAAGAAAUGAAUUAUCAAAAGAGGUGGCCACCUUACAGCAGACAGUAACUUUACUUCAAAAGGAUAAAGAGUAUCUCAAUCGCCAAAACAUGGAGUUGAGUGUGCGCUGUGCCCAUGAAGAGGAUCGCCUUGAAAGACUUCAGGCUCAACUUGAAGAAACCAAAAAGGCUAGAGAAGAGAUGUAUGAAAAAUAUGUAACAUCCAGAGACCAUUAUAAAACAGAAUAUGAAAAUAAACUACAGAAUGAACUAGAACAAAUCAGAUUGAAAACUCAUCAGGAAAUUGAACAGCUUCGAAGUGCCUCUAAGGAAAUGUAUGAACGAGAAAACAGAAAUUUUCGAGAAGCAAGGGAUAAUGCUGUGGCUGAAAAGGACCGAGCAGUAAUGGCCGAAAAGGAUGCUUUAGAAAAACAUGACCAGCUCUUAGACAGGUACAGAGAACUACAACUUAGUACUGAAAGCAAAGUAACAGAAUUUCUCCAUCAAACUAAAUUAAAGUCUUUUGAAAGUGAGCGUGUUCAACUUCUACAAGAAGAAACUCUAAGAAAUCUUACACAGUGUCAGCUGGAAUGUGAAAAAUAUCAGAAAAAAUUGGAGGUUUUAACUAAAGAAUUUUAUAGUCUCCAAACCUCCUCUGAAAAACGCAUUACUGAACUUCAAGCACAGAAUUCUGAGCACCAGGCAAGGCUAGACAUUUAUGAGAAAUUGGAAAAAGAGCUAGAUGAAGUAAUAAUGCAAACAGCAGAAAUUGAAAAUGAAGAUGAGGCUGAGAGGAUUCUUUUUUCCUAUGGCUAUGGUGCUAAUGUUCCCACAACAGCCAAAAGACGACUAAAGCAAAGUGUCCACUUGGCAAGAAGAGUUCUUCAGUUAGAAAAACAAAACUCAUUGAUUUUAAAAGAUCUUGGACAUCAAAAGGACCAAGUAACACAGCUUUCACAAGAGCUUGACAGAGCCAAUUCGAUGUUAAACCAGACGCAACAGCCUUACAGAUACCUCAUUGAAUCAGUACGUCAAAGAGAUUCCAAGAUUGAUUCAUUGAUGAAGUGUAUAGCACAACUUGAGAAAGAUGUCAGCAACUUAAAUAAAGAAAAGUCAGCUUUACUACAGAUGAAGAAUCAAAUGGCACUAGAUUUAGAACAACUUCUAAAUCAUCGUGAGGAAUUGGCAGCAAUGAAACAGAUUCUCAUUAGUAUGCGUAGUAAACAAUCUGAAAACAACUUACUUCUUACUAAAACAGAAUCAAAAAAUCUGACAAAAAAUGAGACAUCAAAGACUUUGAAAAUGCCUAAAGAACAUGAAGACAAUAUAUUUAUACCCAAGCCAACACUCUUUACUAAAAAGGAAGCACCUGAAUGGUCUAAGAAACAAAAGAUGAAGACCUAGUGUUUUCUGCUGCUGGGGACCAAACCCAAGGCUUCCUGCUAGGCAAGCGCUGUACCACUGAGCCAAACCCACAGCCAAAACCUGAGGAUGUUUUGGAUUGACUAUGUGGAUAUAUCAUUAUUUACUCCUGAAGUUCUUUUUCUGAUGAGAAAGAAGUUCAUCUUAAUAAUGUACUUGGAAUUUUUUUAAAUAAGUGAUUUAAU